UCCCUUUUUUUUUUUCUUUUCUUGUACAUAAAGCAAAUGGCUACACCACAAAUACCAUUUAUUAGUGCACCUCUUAAAAAAACAGACGAUGUUGAUUGGAUUCAUCCUUUGAAAAAAUAUAUUGCUCGUGUCUAUCAAGAUGAUCCCGAAAAAUAUAAAGAAGAGGUUCAUUCUUUUAAUAGAUUGCGUCAAGACAUUCGUGGUGCAGGAAAGGACAUGACUGGCCGAGAUUUGCUUUACCGUUAUUUUGGUCAAUUAGAAUUAUUAGACUUGCGUUUUCCAGUUGAUGAAAAGCAUGUUAAAAUAUUAUUUUGUUGGUAUGACGCAUUCAACAAUCGUUCAAUUUCACAAUAUUCUCUAGCUUUUGAAAAGGCAAGUAUCAUUUUUAAUGAAGCAGCUACAUUAUCAGCCAUUGCAAGUUCACAAAAUAGAGCAGAAGCUGAAGGUCGUAAACGAGCAUUUCAUUACUUUCAAGCCUCCUCAGGAAUGUUUCAAUACAUUAAUGAUAAUUUUUUACAUGCACCUUCAGAGGACCUUAGUAGAGAGACGGUCAAUAUGUUGUCAGAGCUUAUGUUGGCACAAGCACAGGAAUGCUUUUUAGAAAGUAGUAUUCGUGAAAAGUCCAAGGAUGGGUUGAUUGCCAAGUUGGCAAGUCAUACAGCUUGGGUCUAUGGUAAUUUAGUAGAUGGUCUUGGAGAUGCCCUUACACGAGGUGUAGGCUUAGAUAAAUCCUGGAUAACGCUUUGUCAAGUGAAACAAAAAUACUAUGCGGCUACUGCUCAGGAACAUAAGGCGGCCGCAUGUGAAGCAGAAGGUAAAUAUGGUGAAUCAGUAGCUCGUUAUGCUGCGGCGGAGUCUGCUGCAAGGGAGGCCCUCAAGUUAACAAAUACUUUAACAUCCGCAUUCCUCUCCUCUAAUCAUGCGAAUGGAACUAUUCCUACUGAUGCUGGCGCCGCUAUUCAAGAACUCUGUAAAAAUAAAAGUGCUACUUGUACAGAGAAAUUAACGAUGGCAACAAGAGAUAAUGAUAUGAUUUAUCAUGAAAACGUACCUCAAGAAUCUAUCUUGACUCCUAUCGAUCGUCUUAAGGCGAUUAAACCCAUUCCCAUUGCUGAACUUUAUGGACCUGAUGAAAUGAAAAAGGUCAUUGGAGCCGAUAUCUUUGCUAAAUUGAUCCCGCUUAGUGUUCAUGAGAGUGCCUCUCUUUAUUCAGAAGAAAUUGCUAAAUUGCUUCGUUCUGAGAGUGAACGAUGUGAUAUUGCCAAGGCUGAAUUAAAUGCUUCAUUAGAUUAUAUGAAAUUACCUGGUUCACUUGCAAAAUUUAAGUAUCAGCAUCAGCAACAACAACAACAACAACAGAAAUCGCUUUUAAGAGAGAGUGUCAAUUCCCUUUUAGAUCAUUAUGCAAUACCACCAUCUGAAGUGACAACAUGGGCUGAUCAUAUUGCUGUAGAAGAACGUCGUAGUCAAGUGACUGACUUGAUUCAUACUCUAACAACUUUAAAAACCAGGGCUAAACAAUUAUUGGAUGAAGCAAGUUUAAAACUAGACACAGAGAUGAGAGACUGUGAACAAAAUAGAGUUCAAUACGGAGAUGAUUGGACACAGACACCUUCGAGCUCACUUACAAGUGAAUUUAGACAUGAUAUUACCAAUCAUCGACGCACAUUAGAGGGUGCUUCUCAAUCUGAUAAUCAGCUCAUUAGUAGAUAUGAAUCUGCUCGAUAUAACAUUGAUAUCUUGAAACAAGGUAGUCAAGGACGUGAUCUUGAAAAGGCUUAUACUCAGGCUAUUAUUUCUAUUUUACCUAAUGAUAAACAAAAGGAAAACAAGGCAAAUCUACUUGAUAUUGAUUUAGGAACUGAAAAGGAAGCAGCAAGCCAUUUAGAAGAACAAGUGAAUCAUAUUGAAAAAAUUAUUGAGAAAUUACGAAAGAUUGAAAGUGAUCGAGACGAAACAUUUCGUGAUUUGAAAGAAAAGACAAUGCAAGAUGAUAUUUCUCAAAUUUUGAUUUUGAAUAAAAAGGCAAAUGUAGAACAACACAUCUUUGCCUCUGAACUCGAAAAAUAUCGACCUCAUCAACAACGUAUUACAGCCACUAUACAACAUCAACAAACGGUAAUCAAGGAGUUGACAGCCGCUUUUAAAAGUUUAAUGGAAGGUGAAGAAGCACGCAAUUUGCAGUUGCAAUAUGAUAAAGCGGAAAGAUUACGUCGUAAUUUGACAGCUGAUUUUAGUGAAGCUAAUUCGAUAUAUAAUGAAAUCAGGGAAGGCUUAAGUAAGGGAAUUCAAUUCUAUUCAAGCAUGCAAGAUACAAUUGAAACUUUGCAACGCAAUAUUCAACGUUUUAUUACAGAAAGAACAAAUGAAAGAAAUCGUUUGAUUGAAAGUAUUCAAAAUAAUAAAAGUGCACGUGAACAACAACUGCUUCGUGAGACUCUAAAUAAAUAUGCCACUGCUCCACCCCUCCCACCACUUCAGACCCAUUCUUCAUCUAGCAGUCUAUCUCAAUUAACACAUCAAGCACGCCAUCUGUCCAUUCAUGAACCUAAUGCGCCCUACCAAACUCAUUAUACGCCAACUCCUCCUCCAAAGCCUCAAGCAUUUAUUCAACAACAGCAGCAGCAGCAACCGUCUACUCCUUAUGGUAUGUAUAGUACAACUCCUAUUCACCAACAACCUUCCUAUGGUUUCCAACAACAAGUACCUCAAACACAGAUGCAGACAAUACCUCCUCCUUCACAUCCAGUGAUGUAUAAUCAUCAACAACCUUAUCAGCCACAACCUCCUACUGGUUAUUCUCCUCAGCCACAACCUCAAUACCAGCAACAACAACAACCUUAUUAUAGUCAUCCAUCAAAUAUACAAUCACCUCCAUAUCCUCCACAACAGCCACAUUUUCCUACUCGUCCACCUCAGCAACAGCAAGGGUACCCCCCAUGGCAGCAACCUCAAUGGCAGCAGCAGCAGCAGCAGCCACAGCUACAGCCACAGCCACAGCCACAAAAACCACCAGGAAAUCUAUUGGAUUAA